UAACGCCCAUCUCUAUAAUCUGUCUAAAGGCAUAAAAACAAUUUUUUUUAGUUUUUAAAAGCCUCGGUUGUUUUGUUUAUCUAAAAUAAACUUGUGGACAAAACCGGUGGUCAGUCUCUAUGCCCUGGAAGCUUUGUUCUUCCAGUACCGUACCUGGUCAAUGCAUUAGUCAUAUACGCUCACGUAGUGUUCAGAGCACCACAAAAAAAGGGCCAUAAUCUAAAUUUUCAAUUAAAGUUAAAAAAUAAAUAAUUCGAAGGCGAGUCAUAUAAUGAAUUUGAGUUUUAAUAAUCCACAAAAAUGCUCGCCUAUUGAAAGUAAGCACUGCACAGAAUUGGACUUGGGUCAAAAGGCGAGCAACAGCCUUUCCAAGCGCAACAUGAGAUACCAAGAUAAAGAGAAGCUAUUUAGCUGCUCACUAAAUUCACUUUCCAAGCGCGACGAUGGUCUCGAGGAUGAUGCUACAGGUUCUGGAACGGGCCUCGUGGGUCUGCAAAACAUUGCGAAUACGUGUUAUAUGAACUCGGCUCUGCAGGCUUUGAGCAAUCUGUCGCCUGUGACGCAUUAUUUUAUCAACUGCAGCGAAAUUGUGGAGCACAUUGCCAGCACUUCACGCUCGAAGCCAGCUGGUUUAGCCAAAAGCUAUCAGCGCCUAAUGCAGGAAAUCUGGUUGCACGUUGACGAUCCAAAGGAUUAUCUGGCGCCGCGGGGCAUUUUGUAUGGCAUUCGUUCGGUUCAUCCCAUGUUCCGAGGCUAUCAGCAACAUGAUACCCAGGAGUUUCUUCGCUGCUUUAUGGAUCAGCUGCAUGAGGAGCUUACGGAGCAAAUGAGCGCACCACUUCUACAGCAGCAGCCGACACAGCCGGCUCAGCAACAGGCGAACGAAACGGAUGAUGAGAACUGUGAUGAGGAGCAGCUGCCAAAGACAUGCAACACACCCACUGCAUCGGAAAGCGAGUACGACACUUGUGAAAGCAGCAUCUCUGAUCACUCAUCGGAAAUACUGAUGAAGACCGAGUACUUUGUACCGCCACAUCGCAACAGCAGCAGCAAUCCAAUUUCAGAUGCAUCUGGUCCACAACAGCAGAGCCCGAAGACAGUUCAGGAAUCAAAACAGGUGGAAGCAGCGCAUUCAAUCAUCAGUGAUGUGUUCGAUGGCAAGCUGCUGUCUUCAGUGCAGUGUCUAACAUGUGAUCGCGUCUCGACGAGAGAAGAGACAUUCCAGGAUCUAUCGUUGCCCAUACCCAACCGAGACUUUCUUAAUGUACUACAUCAGACUCACAGCCUGAGCGUACAAAGUCUAAAUGCCGCGGAUUUGGCAUCGGCGCGCAGCAACGAGGGUUGGAUAUCCUGGAUGUGGAACAUGGUGAGAUCCUGGAUAUUUGGUCCAUCUGUGACGCUCUACGACUGCAUGGCCAGUUUCUUCAGUGCCGAUGAACUCAAAGGCGACAAUAUGUAUAGUUGCGAGCGUUGCAAUAAACUGCGCACGGGCAUUAAGUACUCGCGUGUGCUCAACUUACCGGAGGUACUAUGCAUACACCUCAAGCGAUUUCGUCACGAUCUAUCCUACAGCUCAAAGAUAUCCUCGCAUGUGUACUUUCCUCUCGAGGGCUUUGAUAUGCGGCCGUACUUGCACAAGGACUGUAGAUCCCAGGUGCCCACCUACAAUCUAUGCUCGGUCAUUUGUCACCAUGGCACGGUUGGAGGCGGACACUACACGUGCUAUGCUCGCAACGCUCUCAAUGGCCGUUGGUACGAGUUUGACGAUCAAUUUGUGACGGAAGUGUCGCCCGAUAUAGUCCAGAACUGUCAGGCUUAUGUGCUAUUCUACCAAAAACACAAUCCCCAAAUGCAAAUGUUGCGCGAGGAGGCCAUCAAUUUGUCCACUACGAAUCCGUUGUACGAAGGCGACAUACAAUUCUAUGUGACACGCGAGUGGCUUUCACGACUGGCAACAUUUUCAGAGCCAGGUCCGAUAAACAAUCAGGAUAUGCUCUGUCCGCACGGCGGUAUACUACAUUCCAAAUCAGCGCUUAUUAGUCAAAUUGCAGUGCCCAUUCCGCAGCCGUUGUGGGAUUAUCUGUACAAUAGAUUUGGUGGUGGUCCGGCCGUAAACAUCAUGUUUGAGUGUGAGAUUUGUAAGCGAGCAGCAGAAGCGCUUGCCCGUCGUCAACUGUACGAGCUGACCGUGUUUACCAAAUACAAUGGAUUGCAGAGUGAAUUGGACUCGACUGCCAUCUAUGCAAUCGCCAUGCCUUGGCUACGCGCGUGGCAGCAGUUCUCUCGCGGCAUCACCCACAAGGAGCCGGGGCCCAUUAACAACGAUGGCAUUACCGAUACCAAUGCCCACAAUGGAUCAUCCAUUAGUUGUGUACGCGUUGGCUCCGACUAUGCCCAGCUCAAUGCGCUUUUGUGGCGAUUCUUACAUGGCAUUUAUGGCGGUGGACCCGAAAUCAUGCUAAGAAGUGCGCUAUCCGAUGACGAGGCUGAUGAGAUUGAAAUAAUCGAUCAAGACGAUGAAGAAGAUGAGGAUGAAGACUUGGCUGCCAUCUAUAUGAAUAAUCAAUCGGAUACCGAAAGUAGUUUGGGCAGACGCCACACUGAGAGCCCAUUGGCAUCGCCAUCGUUAUCUCCAGCGCCGGCGAUAACGCCAGAACCGCGGCCAGUUGAGCCCGAGGUACCAGUACCAGUAACCGUAAUAAAAACUGAGUCUGUGACUGCUGAUGUUAAAUCCAAUGGCAGCAACAGUUCCGGCUCCAGGCGCGGAAAGUCGAGCAACAAGCCCAUCAAAGUGGCGGCAUUGCGCAUGAAUAUGCGUAAACGAGGCAGAAAUCGCAAUGCGUUAAAACAGCAUACCGAGAUGUUUGGUGCCAAAGGUCAAUACAAUCCACAUACAGACGCUGGCUCGGAGCCUAAAGCUGAUAUGGAGCAUAACGAUAUCCGUGAUAAAGAACAAAGAUCAGCUGCAGCAGCCACUGGAGGCACUGGAGGAGCUGCAUUUCAAACAGAGUACACCAUACCAUUCCAAAGCGACAAUUUCCAAGUCAACGGCCCACGCGACAAGAAGCGGGAGAGGAAUAAGCUACGCAAUAACAACAAGGAGAACGUUAAGCUGCAGAAAUUUGUAACGCUGCGCGAGGCAAAUGGAGCCAAUGACGAGACUGAUAUAUGAUCGACAACCAGUUCGAAACGGAUAGCAUUUUGUGAGAGUCAAUCGCCGCCGAGAUUUAGGCCAAAAUCAAAGUUUAGGCAUAAAUAAUAAUGUUUGUAGUUAAAUACCUCAGCGUUUAAUGGGGUGGAGGCUAUAUAAAACUAUGUAAAAAUUGUAUUUAUAAAUUUAAGCGUAUGGAUUGCUAACCCCAUAGUAAUUGUAGUUAGUACCCAGUACCCGAUGGGAAUGAGAAUGAAUGAAACUUAUACAAUAAGCGAAUAAGCGAGUGUAUGGCUCUGUGUUCUUUGUGAUUUUGCAUUCGUUUUUUACACCCAAUCCCCAACACAAACAAGUUGUACAUAAUGUUGUAGCCAAAAUGUCGAAUGGAGCGCGAACACAAAAUAAAAUAGCUUAAGUAACAAAUAUAACUUGAAAAGGUUAAGAAAUUCACACAUGUA